GUGACGUAUUGGCCUCGCCUCCCUCCCUGUCUUUUCAGUGCGGCGUCGCUGGUUUCUGAGUAACAAGCGCCGGAUAAAGAUGGCGGCUGCAGGUUCCAGUGUUAUAAAUGACUGCUGCUAGUUAUCUCCCCAUUUUCCAUCAGUACAGGCAUAACAUAUCGUGAAUGUUCAGCCGCCAUCUGUCCGCUAGUCUUUGUGUCCUUCUGUCCCCCUUGUCUCCCUUCACUGUCCCGGCUGCUGCAUGUCUGCAGCUGAAAGGGGGCGUUUUACUGAUCAUUUUCUGACUUGUCUGUGCAGCACCGUCAGGUACCUGACCUACUUCAGGUCCAGGAAGAAAUCCCUGCACUACUGCAAGAUCAAAGAGCCCAAGCUGGAGGAGAUGGAUGAGCAAAGCGUGGAGAGCAUAGCCGAGGUCUUUAGAUGUUUUAUAUGCAUGGAGAAGUUGAGAGAUGCUCGUCUCUGCCCACACUGUUCCAAACUUUGUUGUUUCAGCUGCAUCAGGAGAUGGUUAACUGAGCAAAGGGCUCAGUGUCCUCAUUGCAGAGCUCCCCUUCAACUUAGGGAGUUGGUUAACUGUAGAUGGGCAGAGGAGGUAACUCAACAGCUGGACACCUUGCAGCUCUGCAGCUUAAAUAAGCAUGAGGAAAAUGAGAAGGACAAAUGUGAAAAUCAUCAUGAAAAACUUAGUGUUUUUUGUUGGACUUGCAAAAUUUGUAUUUGCCAUCAGUGUGCCCUCUGGGGAGGAAUGCAUGGGGGACACACCUUUAAACCUUUGGCUGAAAUCUAUGAGCAGCAUGUCACCAAAGUGAAUGAAGAAGUGGCAAAACUUCGCCGCAGACUUAUGGAAUUAAUUAGUCUUGUGCAAGAAGUGGAACGGAAUGUAGAAGCUGUUCGGGGGGCAAAGGAUGAGAGGGUUCGGGAAAUUCGCAAUGCAGUGGAGAUGAUGAUUGCAAGACUUGACACUCAACUCAAAAACAAACUCAUCACACUAAUGGGUCAGAAGACCUCUCUGACACAAGAAACUGAGCUUCUGGAGUCACUGUUACAAGAGGUGGAACAUCAGCUCCGAUCUUGCAGUAAAAGUGAACUCAUUUCCAAGAGUCCAGAAAUUCUUAUGAUGUUCCAGCAGGUCCACAGGAAGCCCAUGGCUUCCUUUGUCACUACCCCAGUUCCACCUGAUUUCACAAGUGAACUUGUUCCUUCUUAUGAUUCAGCUACUUUCGUUCUGGAAAACUUUAGCACUUUACGCCAACGCGCUGACCCAGUGUAUAGCCCACCUCUGCAAGUUUCUGGGCUGUGCUGGAGAUUAAAGGUCUAUCCGGAUGGGAAUGGAGUGGUGCGGGGCUACUAUCUGUCUGUUUUCUUAGAGCUUUCUGCUGGUCUUCCAGAAACCUCAAAGUAUGAAUAUCGUGUAGAGAUGGUCCACCAGUCUUCUAAUGACCCUGCCAAGAACAUCAUUCGAGAAUUUGCCUCUGAUUUUGAGGUUGGAGAAUGCUGGGGCUACAACCGUUUUUUUCGGCUAGACUUGCUUGCUAAUGAGGGGUAUCUGAACAGAACAAAUGACACUGUCAUUCUAAGGUUUCAGGUUCGCUCACCAACUUUUUUUCAAAAGUGUCGGGACCAGCACUGGUACAUUUCCCAGCUAGAAGCAGCCCAAACUAGCUACAUCCAGCAAAUAAACAACCUAAAGGAAAGACUUGCAAUUGAGCUGUCCCGGAACCAAAAAUCACGUGGUAUGUCUCCUCCAGACACUCAUCUCAGUCCUCAGAAUGAUGAAAGUACAGAAGCUAGAUCCAAAAAGACAGCUGUUAAUUUAGAGAGUAUCUCUUCCUUACCUACUCCAAGAGAUGCUGAGGAAGAUGAAGACAAAAGCCUCAGUGUCUUUAUCCAGCAGGAUUUGUCUGAUGGCGACCUGGAUGUGGAUUUGGCUGGGGAGGAUGAAGUGAACCAUUUAGAGGGCAGCUGUUCUUCUGCAAGUUCCACUGCCACCAGCAUCACAGAGGAAAAUGAUAUAGAUGAGGAAACCAUGUCAGGGGAGAAUGAUGUUGAGUAUGGAAGCAAUAUGGAUUUAGAAGAAGGAGAAUUAAUGGAAGAUCCAUCUAUUGUUGGGGCUGAUGCAGGUGGACAUGGUUAUGGCAGUGGGAGAAGCUCAAGGCGCACAGGAAGCAAUAUUGGGUCCACUAGCAGCAGCAGUUUGUUGGACUUGGAUCCUCUGAUUUUCAUUCACUUGCUAGACCUUAAAGAUAGAAAUAGUAUGGAAAAUCUUUGGAGCCUUCAGCCAAGACCACCAACAUCUAUUCUGCAGGCUUCAGCUUCAUGUUCUCGUAAAGAUAGGGACCAAAGACGACAACAGACGUCCUGGCGUGUUUCCCCAGAUCUGAAAAUGCUAAAGCGGUACAAGUCUCAGGUGCUGGAAGUACGUAGCAAGCUGUCCGCUGUUAAGAGCCAGUUGUGUGAAGUAAGAAACAACAAUACUGCAGUCUCUGAGAACCACUCUGGGUGUUCGGCGGACCUGGACUCACUAACAAGUAACAGUGCAGAGGGAUGCACCAAGUUACAAGAGUUGGGUAUGGAGCUUCUUAGAAAGUCUUCUCUUGCAAGCUGUUAUGUGAGAAGCGCAAGCAGUAAGAAAAGCAAUUCCCCCAAGCACUCCCGGUCAGGGGAGAAAGCAGGUGCCCUAUCUUUGCGGAGAGCAAUGGAAUGUGGGGAGGGCAGCCAUCGUGUCAAGGCAGAAAGUCAGGCAGCAUCAGAAGGUUGCGUUACUGGUACAAAGAGUGGCAGCAGGCAUGGAUCACCCAGAUCUCUGACAAACAGCAGCCCAGAAAUCCCUUCCAGCUCUAAAACAGACGACCGGCAGUCUGAGCUGCUUAGCUCGGAAAUACAAGCAAUGUGCAUGGACAAGAGCAGGAAAGUCGUCAGUUUGGGGCCCAGUUCAAAAGCUUGGAGUGGAAAAGAUAUUGCACAAAUGGGCAGCCUGGACAGUGACGCUGAAGCAGGAGAAAUAGCCUCCAUGUUAUCUGAAAUCGCUUCAGUAAGCUAUCCUGAAGAAGCUGCUGUGUGCUCCAAACUCGUCCUGCACAUAUUGCCAGGAAUGAGCAGUGACAGCGACAUUGAAUGUGACACUGAAAAUGAAGAACAGGAGGAAAACAUUACGUGUGGUGGAUUUAAUGAUUCCUUCACGACACAGGCUCAAGGAGAUGAUCAAGGACAUUCUUUUCCCGAUGAGGACAACAAUAUAAGCUCAGAAGACCUUCACUUUCCUGCAGGAGAGGACACAGGAAGGUAAUUUCAUGGAGAAUAUGAACAUUUUACUUCGCUCAUGCUGAAGACUAGAAGGCUAAACACUAGACUACUUAGCAAAACGUUCCAUUUUGGAUGCACAUUCACUGUAUUUAUUCUGUGCAUGACUGCAACAAACAGUUGGACACAACAUUUUUAUUUGUUUUUUUUUUUUUUAUUUCUUAUUGUGGCUUUAAUACAUGACACUGAAAAUAAUAAGAAUUCUAAAUGUAUAAUAGAUCUUAAUAUAAAAGGCUUUGGAACAUACAUAUCACAGCUAGAUGGGAAAUUAGCAGCAAUAAUUAUUCACAACGUUCAACUAUAGGUCUGUUUUUAAAGCUUCAGUGUUACUGUUACAGCUUUUCUUAAAGGGGAACUAUUGUGAAAAUGAAAAUUUAAUUUAAG